CAUCUAAUUAGGCGGUAAAAUUCCGUUGUCAUCGGAUGUUUCUGUCGUCUCCGGCGAUCUCCCUCCGGCCAAGCAAUCGUUAAUUUAUUUCUUCGAAUCCGAAACUUGAUCCUCCCGCCAAUUCGGACUUUCCAUCAUCGACUGACCAAGUUACAUUCAAUCGCCUGCUCAGUUAUUGACUGAAACAUCUUCGUCGCACGCCGUUCUUACUGAAUACCUAGGCGCUAUGUGGCGGAGGUCAAUUCUGGAAUUAUCAUCUCGUCAAUCUGUUGGAAGGACUACGAGGCAGAUUUCUCCUCAGGUGCAAUGUUGGCAGAUAUCACCAUGUAUUUCUGCAAGAAAGGAAUUUUCUUCUGCACCCAAACAGAAUCUAAAACCGCAACCUACAAGCGUGCCACCUAAGUCCGGAAUUUCUUUUCCAAAAGUUGUCUUUGGAAGUGUCGCUAUUAGUGCCGCUGUUUUUGCAGCUUACCAGACUGGCUAUCUAGACCAACUAAUUGGUGGUAAAGAGCAGAAUAGUUCUGUCGGGUCAACUAAUACAGUUGUUGAGAAAAGUGAUUCAGACAAUGUCCAACCUUUGGUGGUACAGAAAUUGGAUUCAUCCGGUAUUGAAGAAACUGAAAAAUCCGAUAGUCUCAGAGAAGAAACUGAGAGUUCAAAUCCCACUGUGGAGUUCACUGAGCAGACGGUUGAGACAGAUGCUCAGUUUCCUCGUCUUGAAGGUUUGGGUGAAGAGCAAGAUGGGGGUCAGUUUGAAGAUGAUUCUAGCUCAGUGCCACAUGAAAAUACCAAGGAGAAACACGUGCCAGAGUUUAGACAAAGCAUCAGCGAAUUGGAGGAUAAGAAUCUAGAAUCUAAAACAUCCACAGAUGUAAAUUUUGACAUACAAAAUACAGAGGCAAGUACUAGGGGUGGAAUUCACGAGGGAGUUCAAACUACGCCAAUUUCUACUAAGACAGAUGCAGCAUCUGAACAAAUCGGAAUCAGAAUAAAAUCACAAGAAGAUAUUAGUGCAGAAGACAAACCGAAGGAGUUGAAUGAAACAGGUGAAGCUAUAGGGCAGCCAAGUUCUCUUCUUGACGCAUACCAUUUGAAGGAUGAGGCUGGCAUGACUUCCUUGGGUGGUGGUGGCAAAGAUGAAACUGACAAGUCUCAUAAAGAAACAGAGGCUUUAAUUGCUGAAAUCGAAGAGCUAAAUGAGGGUUACAUUUCCAAGGAUGGGAAAUUGGUAAUUGAUUUCUUACAAGCUAUUCAUUCUGCUGAAAAGAGGCAAGCUGAGUUGGAUUCCCGUGUUUUUGCUGAUGAAAAGAGAGCACUGAAGGAGAAGUUGGAAAAAGAAUUGAGGGAUGCUCGGGUUCGGGAACUUAUGCAUGCAGAAGAGGCCGCAAUGUUGGACAAGGUUGAGAAAACUUCAAGACAUGGCAAAAGCAGAGUUGGGUGCAGCAAUUGCAAGUGAGAAGGCUGCCCAGAUAGAAAAGAUGGCCGAAGCAAACCUUCAUAUAAAUGCCCUGUGCAUGGCAUUCUAUGCAAGGUCUGAAGAAGCUCGUCAGAGUUACUCUGCUCAGAAGCUUGCAUUGGGGGCACUGGCACUUGAGGAUGCUCUUUCAAGAGGUUUACCAAUCCAGACUGAAAUAGAGGCAUUGCGCGUCGAUCUUCAAGGCAUUGACAAAGAUUCAAACUUAGAGCUGAUCCUUUCAUCCAUUCCUAAAGAAAUAUUGAAUCAUGGCUCAGAUACUUUGCUGCAAAUGACUCAUAAGUUUGAUUCGUUAAAAACUACAUUACGGACCUUGAGCUUGAUCCCACCUGGUGGUGGCGGCGUUUUGGCGCAUUCUCUAGCCCGUGUAGCAUCCUGGAUUAAGGUGAGGGAGGUCGACCAAUCAGGUAAUGGGAUUGAAUCUAUCAUCAACCGAGUGGAGUCCUACUUGGCUGAAGGAAACUUGGCUGAAGCAGCUCAUUCUCUAGAAGAAGGUGUUAAAGGCACAAAAGCAGAAGAGAUAGUUCAUGAUUGGGUAAGGCAAGUAAGAAAUCGGGCCAUCACGGAGCAAGCGCUUACCCUGCUUCAACUGUAUGCCUCAUCAGUAAGCCUUACCUAAGACCUCAAAGUAAUUUGUCAUCUCUGUCUUUCCUAUCCAGGCAUUAGUUGUGCCUUUUUGGUACUAUAGAUUUGUUAGCUUCAUGUCGAACCUCUUAGUUGAAGGUUCAAUCUAUAGAGCAUCCAAAACUUGGUGUCUACCCCAGUGAAAGAAAAACACGAGUUCUCAAGAAAAUCCACGAUACUUGGAUAUCGCCAUUCUUUCUGUGUUGACACCUUAAUAAAAAAAAUUUGUAAGAACAGAUUUUACUCGAGAGUUUCUGCUGCAGCGCCGAGGAGAAGCAACUGCAGCCAUUCAGGCGCUUUUGAGAAGGCCAAACUCAUAUUGCAACCUUUUUGUCCAAGUGGGUUAAUUGGAAAUAGCUUGUCCUUAUUUUCACUGAGAAUCUCUGACUUUUCAUCAUACUGAUUCCGCUCAUAGCAUAAUUUCGGAAGCAUUGCUUUUACUUGAUGUGUUUGAUUAUAAGUAGCUUUCGUGGUUAUGCCAUCUCUGACCAGAGUGGACCUUGGUGGCA